GAAUGGAGAGUUGGGGUUAUGGAGGAUAAUUUUUAUUUUUGUAAUGCUAGUUUUAAACAUUUCUGUGUUGAGAGAGAGGCAUGUCCAGCUUCCGAGCGGUAACCUUUGUUGCGCCGACGACACAAAAAGAGAAUUAAAUAUGGGUGAUGUUGAGAAAGGCAAGAAGAUUUUUGUUCAGAAGUGUUCCCAAUGCCACACCGUGGAAAAGGGAGGCAAGCACAAGACUGGGCCUUAUCUCCAUGGUAUCUUUGGGCGGAAGACAGGUCAGGCCUCUGGAUUCACUUACACUGAUGUCAGUAAGAACAAAGGCAUCUCCUGGGGAGAGGAUACACUGAUGGAGUAUUUGGAGAAUCCCAAGAAGUACAUCCCUGGAACAAAAAUGAUCUUUGCUGGCAUUAAAAAGAAGGGAGAAAGGGCAGACUUGAAAGCUUAUCUCAAAAAAGCUACUAAUGAGUAAUAAUUGGCCACUGUCUGAUUUAUUACAAAACAAAU